GAAAGAAGCAACAGAAAUGUUGCAUUGUCUCACCAAAAUGCUGGAUCACAGUUGGGAUGCUGGAUAACGCCACCUUCAACACAAUCACUGUGGGCACGCGCUUCAAAGGAAGAUCCAGAAGCUACAUUUGCAAGUAUGAAGAAAACAGACGCACACCUCCACAUCAUAACCAGCUAUCCUCACAUCACCUCAGGGUCAGUCUUUGACAUGACAGCCAAGACGGGCUCCAGCACGCCAACCCGGCAAGCUCUGAGGACGAGCGAGAGGGAGACGUACAGUAAAGAUGGAGAUGUAGACGAAGUCCACCCCUACUUUGAGGAAGACGGAGGCUGCUUAGCAUUCACACCCCCCCUCAUGACUCACGAGCGGUGUGAGUAGCAUCACACCCACCCCUUCCCUCCCCGUGGCCCCUCCUGAAUGCCAGGAAGAGCCGAACCACGCGUCCCCAGCAGAAGGAAAACAGAGGAAGGCGGCGGAGGAUGAAAAAAGGAGCCAAAAGCCACAGCAGCAAGUUGGCCCACACAUCUCUGUUGCUCCCGUGAUGUCACAAGCAUGUGACCCCGCUUCUCCAGUGACAGUAUUCUGAGGGAAUGAGAAAAGAGAUUUUUAAAGCCUCUUGCCUCUUUUGGGUUUGUGUGAAGCCUUCGCUCACCUCACGAGCAACCACAGAACCGCAGAAGUUCGGCUCAGGAUUUUUGCAUGGGGUGUAAAUGGUUAAUUGUCGCCGGUCAACUUCAGGUUUAAGGACGGCACCAACCAAGGCAUCAAGGGUCGGCGAAACCGCAGAGAAACGAAAAUUUGUAUGCCAAGUGACCGACAUGGCAUCCAAUAGCCUCUUCAGUUCGGUGACCCCGUGUCAGCAGAGCUUCUUCUGGGAUCCCAGCGCCGGCCGGAGGUUUAGUCCACCGGUAUCGGUGAAGAUGAACGAUGCGAACUCGAAUCCAGCACAACAGCAGCAGCAGCAGGACAGCGCGGUGGUGCCGAGACUCCGUGCGCAAGAGAACCGCUCCAUGGCCGAGAUCAUCGCCGACCACCCCGCCGAACUGGUGCGGACCGACAGCCCGAACUUUCUCUGCUCGGUUCUUCCUUCGCAUUGGAGGUGUAACAAAACCCUACCGGUUGCCUUUAAGGUGGUCGCCCUGGGUGAUGUUUCGGACGGGACGGUGGUCACAGUGAUGGCGGGGAACGAUGAGAAUUAUUCGGCUGAGCUCAGGAAUGCCUCAGGUGUUAUGAAGAACCAGGUGGCCCGCUUCAAUGACCUACGAUUUGUUGGCCGGAGCGGAAGAGGGAAGAGCUUCACUUUGACGAUUACAGUAUUCACAAACCCACCACAAGUGGCCACUUACCACAGGGCCAUUAAGGUGACGGUGGACGGACCACGAGAGCCCAGGAGACACAGACCAAAACUAGAUGACUCGCCGAAAGCCGGACUGUUCUCUGACCGGCUGAGUGAACUGGAACGGAUACGACAGAGCACGAUGCGGGUUACUGUGCCAACGCAAACGGCACGGCCGUCGCUUAGCAGUCCGAAUUCCUUCACACCCCAGGGACAGACGCAGAUAACAGAUCCACGUCAGGCUCAGUCUUCUCCACCAUGGUCAUACGACCAGACCUAUUCGUCGUACCUUAGUCCAAUGGCCUCUCCGUCCGUGCACUCCACCACCCCGCUCUCGUCCAGCCGAGCCACGGGUCUGCCCUCCAUCAGCGAUGUGCCCAGACGUCUCCCAGGUACGACGGAUUUGAGUCCUUUUCCUGGCCAAUUUGAACGUCAGUUUCCCGGUUUUUCCUCACUCACAGAAAGCCGAUUUUCCAGUCCGAGGAUGCACUACCCGGCCACAUUCACGUACACACCGACCCCCGUCACCAGCGGAAUGUCGCUCGGCAGCGCCCACUACCACACCUAUCUGCCCCCACCGUACCCCGGCUCCAACCAGAGCCAAACUGGACCCUUCCAGAGCAGCAGCACACCCUAUCUCUACUACGGUGCCUCAUCCGGCUCCUACCAAUUCUCCAUGGUCCCGGGGGGAGAUCGCUCGCCGAGCCGGAUGAUGCCGCCGUGUACGAGCGCCUCCACGGGAACGAGCCUCGUCAACCCAAAUCUCCCCGUCCAGGCUGACGGAAGUGGGGGGGUUGAAGGAGACGGUAGUCAUAGUAACUCCCCCACUUUGCUUAAUCCUGCUGGUAGAAUGGACGAAGUUGUUUGGCGGCCAUAUUGACGGGACAGCGACAAGCCUUUAUUAAACAAGCGGCAUGGUUUUAAAGCACAACGUUACUAGGAUUUCCAUCCUGUCUUGCUGAGCGACUUUCUCUGCCUAUGUUUUCGUAUCAUUUUUUUUAAGAGUAUUUAUAAACCCGUUUAAUGGGGAGUAUUUUUACAUUGAACUAUUUUGGCUGUAUAACGUUACUCUGGACUUUCUGACCUCUGGGAAUUACUGUUAUUGAGGGGGUUAUUUGGAAUUGAAAAAACAGAGACAGUUUAAGUAUUGCAUUAGCAUCGUUGUAUUAUUUAUAUGGCACGUCUUUAAUUAAAGCUGCAAUCUGUAAUUUUUACGGGUUAAAAAUCAACAAGAAUCUGUACAUUAACAGUCAGUCUCUCUUUACCUUGCAAGGGUUCAAAACGUUAAGCUUAUAAUAAUACAAAAAGUCGUAUUGUGUGGGAAACGUCAACUUGUAACGUCAAAAGUAUCCUGCAGUUUUAUGUUUCGAACAGAGAUGGCGACAAAGAGGAAAACGUUACAGAUUUCAGCUUUAACAAAUCAUUCAAAGCACUGAACAGCAAGC